GGAGCAUCAGGAGGAGCAUCAGGAGGAGCAUCAGGGUUAGCCAUAUUAUCCUGCACACCAAUUAUCAGAAUACAGUUACAAACUUCCAACUACAAAAAGUCUAGAGUUUGAGAAUGUCAAACCAUUAUAAGCUGAUUUAAAAGUUUGCUGAUUGGUCGAGAGAGAUCAUACUACUGUCUUAUGACCUGAAAACAAUGCAAGAUUGAUGACUCAUCGGGAACGUCCCUUUGGUAUGACGUCAUAGACUUCCUGUCUAACCGAGAAUUAUGUCUUCCUGUCUUACCGAGAAUUUUGACACGCUAUGUUGGUUGUUAAUAAAAUAAACAACUGACGCCUGGAGGGAUUGAUUUCCAUUUCUGAGAAAAAGAGCAAAGUCCGUCACAACUCACUGCUCGUGACCAAUCAAGAUCCAAAAGCUGGUCUGCCACUUUAGAUUGUUUACCUGUUGCGUUAACUUAAUCUUCUUUGUUGUCUGGGAACUUUAUUUUUAGACAGUCCAGAUGGUUUAGCAAUUUGUAAUCUGUCCUCCAAACCUACGUCUUGGGCUUUCCCGCCUAUGUCUCUCACAAAUGUUUGAAACCUUGGCUGUGUGACAGUAAGCGAUGUCAAGCCAGAUCAGUGGAUCAAGGUAUGCUCUAUAAAAACAUGUUGAUGCUAAGAUAAGCUACCCAAGCUGUAUUAUAUUGCUAAUUGGCAAAUUUUAGAAGGUUCUUCUUUCUCAUUAAGGAAACUGAUCACAAUUUUUAAUGAAAUAGUUCCGUAGUAGUGUCCAACUAGUUUCUGGUUAUACGGGUUCGAUUCCCGUUGAAAUCCAAAAGGUUCAUUGUUCUUUUCUGCCACUGAUUAAAUUGCAGAUUACCGGCGGGGAUCAAUUCUUUGCUUCAAUCCCUGUUUCUUUGGCUUCUACCCUCCAUUCCUACCAUUUGCGAUGUUGUGACUGGAAGCUCAACCAGACUAAGCUUCAGAUAAAAAAAAAUUGUUGGUGAGAUAGGCCACUUCAUCAGUUCUCAUAAAUGAAUCUGCUUUUAUUUCUUCUGUCAUUUAGUUAAAUCAGGCCAAGUUGGUUUCUACCGAGUACAGUUCUCGUCCGACAUGUUGAAACUUCUCUUGACGGCCAUAAAGGACAACAGUCUUCCACCAUGGGACAGAUUAGGACUGGAGAAUGAUCUGUUUGCAUUGGUAUGUACAUGUGUACUGCAGGAUAGCUAUGGAAUGAGGACGGGGAAAGGAGAAGUGUGCUCCAGAAUUCGUAGAAUGUUUACCUCCGCCAUCAAAAAUUGUACGGAAUAAUUUACCCUUUUAGCGCGUUUUUAGACUCUAAAGGGUUUUCCAUUCAGCUCCGCUUUCGCCUUACAUCCUUACAACCUUUUGACUUUUAUUAUCAACGAAUUCCCAGGGCGGCAAAGAUGCAAUGAGUGUUGUUGACGAAAGUCAGAGCAAUCACAACAGCCAAUCAAAAGAAAGACAAGUAUCACAAGCAGCCAAUAAGACUGCAAAGUAAAAACAAGCAAACUGCCUAAAGCAUGGGAAAACGCGAGUGACCAGUUCGCGACUAGCUUUACUUGGUUGAGAGGUUGGGUCGAGUUUUUUGCACCAAUCACGAGGCACAGUGAACAAAACCAAAUUAAACCGACACUCAAUAGAAAACUGCUGAAAUGUGACUCGCGAUUUUGAACUCACCACUCUAAUGCUUGCUUUUGUUCUCUGUAGUGUCGUACUCGCCUUGUUCCCGGGCAUGAUGUGCUGAAAGUGGUCAAGGCAUUUAGCAACGAGACAAUCAAUACCGUAUGGAAUGACUUGAUUUCCAACACGAGUCUUGUCGGAGCAACUCUCCAAUACACUUACUGUUACCCAAGCUUCGAGGCUUCGGUCACUACUUGUGACUUUUAUCCUUGGAAGAUGUGUCAGGGAAUCUUAACGUUUUUGUAGUGUGUUAGUGGUCCACGCUUUCUUUUUAUUUAAUUGUUUCUGUUUCAUUCUUAGUCCUACAGCACAACCAUUUACUUUUAGGAAUGAAA